GAUUUCCAUUGUCACUUAACUAAAAAUGAAGUAGUCGGAUAUUUAGGAGGAACGUGGGAUAUUGCAUCACACAAUCUUGCCAUCCUGCAAGCAUUUCCAUGCAGAUCUCAGUUAGGAGAUAAAGAUACUUCAGCUAUGGUUGAAGAAGAGAUUCGUCAAGGAUUGGAACAAAGACAUUUGACUGUAGUUGGAUGGUAUCACAGUCACCCGACGUGCUCAGUGCAACCAACAGUUAAAGAUGUUGAUAGUCAGAUGGAGUAUCAAAUUAUAAUGAAAGGCGAAAAUGAUUCAACUUACACUCCUUGUCUAGGAUUUAUAUGCUCACCAUAUAAUAUGACUAAAUCCCUCUUAGAAGCAGAAUAUCUUGCUUAUUGGGUUAUGCCACCACCUGAACAUCGUCCUCAUGAAUACGGACGUCCAAUGGAAAUGAUAUACACGGUAGCUCAAGAUUCAUUUUUAACACAGGAUCUGUUGACAGAACUUCGUUUGUUAGCAGACUUCUACAGAGGUGCUCCCGAUGCUAUUAAUUUCUCUCACAAUUAUUGUCAGAAUGGAAUAACAUACUGGGAAAAACUAAGAUCAUCUCUAUCUACCAAACUUCCUAGGGAUUUACAAGUUUCCGGAAAUCAGUCAAUAGCUCAAAUGCAAGCUGUAACGCAUUUUUGGAGUUUCCUAAAGGGAUUAGUCUCUGCAUAGUGUGGAUAAAGUGUAUUUGUGAAUAUUAUAUUCUGUGUGCAAUAUCUUAUGAAGAAAAGGCACAAUAAUGCAAAGUAAAUGUGAUAACUAUAUAAUGUUUACUUGUAAAAUCAAGUAAGUUUAGCUAUAUUAUUUAGAGGACUGCAUUCGUUAAGGAUGAAAACAAGUAUUGAUACAUUCCUAUUUUUCUUUCUACCUCUCGGAGAUCAAAGAUAUAUGUUCGUAACGAAUUGUAAUUUUGAUACCUUCGAGCGCAGAAAGACAAGACAAAUUGUUAUUGAAAGUGAAAUUUAUUUAAUUUAUUUAAUACAUUAUCAUAUUUUUAUCAAUAAAAUUUUGGAUAUAUAAUUAUUUAAUUGUCUUUAUCCAAAGAAAUUCUUCA